UUCCGUUGUCAGGUGGUGCUGCUAUGGAAAGAUGCGAUCAGUUGUCCUAAGAAGGCUUUUCCCUCAAAACCUCUGUCGGUAAUCGUGAAAUUUCUCCAGUUCUCGUGAAACAAACCGCUUUGUGGUGGAGUGUAAAUGUCGGUGCGUCCCUGCUGAACAUUUAGUCGGCCAGAAAUGAGUGAGAAUUAGUCUACGACAGAGGAUUCCCUCGGCGGUUUUGAAGAACGUCAUCUGGAUUUGAAACAACAUGAGGAUCUGCAGAAUGUCCAAACGCCGUGCUUCGGAACGAGGGGCCGGAGAGUCAUCCGGCAGACCUAGCAAGCUCCUUUGUCCUGGGAUCUCGGGCAACAAUGCUAAGAGAGCCGGUCCCUUUGUUUUAGGCCCACGGUUGGGAAACUCUCCUGUGCAGAGUAUAGUGCAGUGUUUAGCCAGAAAAGAUGGGACGGAUGAUUUCUACCAGCUAAAAAUUCUGACCCUGGAAGAACGUGGGGACAUGGUGGGAGAGACACAGGAAGAAAGGCAAGGCAAAAUGCUCCUGCAUACAGAAUAUUCUUUACUGUCACUGCUCUCCAACCAAGAAGGAGUGGUUCACCAUCACGGCCUCUUCCAGGACCGAUCCUAUGAGAUUGUCGAGGACAUGGAGGCCAACAAAGUGCGGAAGAUGAAGAGACGAAUCUGUCUGGUGCUCGACUGCCUCUGUGCCCACGACUUCAGCGACAAGACGGCCGACCUCAUCAACCUGCAGCAUUAUGUCAUCAAAGAGAAGCGAUUGAGCGAGCGCGAGGCCAUCGUUAUCUUCUACGAUGUGGUGAGAGUGGUGGAGGCGUUACAUAAGAAAAACAUCGUGCAUAGAGACUUGAAGCUUGGAAACAUGGUGCUCAAUAAAAGGACCCAUCGGAUCACCAUCACAAACUUUUGCCUUGGCAAGCAUUUGGUGAGUGAAGAAGAUCUGUUAAAGGACCAGCGAGGCAGUCCAGCCUACAUCAGCCCAGAUGUCCUAAGUGGUCGACCGUACCGCGGUAAACCCAGCGAUAUGUGGGCACUCGGAGUGGUGCUUUUUACCAUGCUCUACGGCCAGUUCCCGUUCUAUGACAGUAUACCUCAAGAGCUCUUCCGCAAGAUCAAAGCAGCAGAGUACUCCAUCCCUGAGGAUGGGCGGGUAUCAGAAAGUACGGUGUGUUUGAUCCGGAAGCUUCUGGUGCUUGACCCCCAGCAGAGGCUCACUGCCACCGAGGUGCUUGAGUCUCUGAGCGCCAUCAUCGCAUCCUGGCAAUCUGUGUCCUCGCUGAGUGGCCCUCUUCAAGUGGUGCCAGACAUAGAUGAUCAGCUUAACCACCCCGAACAUCCUCAGGAGGCGAAAGUGACAGAGGAGUCGUCUCAGUACGAAUUUGAGAACUACAUGAGGCAACAGCUCUUGUUGGCUGAAGAGAAGAACACUAUACACGAGACCAAGAACUUCCUCAGCAAGCGGCAUUUCGGUAACGGGCCUCCAGUGAGGCGCCUCGGCCAUGAUGCACAGCCCAUCAGUCCUCUGGAUGCUGCAAUACUGGCCCAGCGCUUCCUCCGGAAGUAGCACCGCCUUUCUGUUCAUGGGUGGUGGUCAGCGGGAGUGGAUUGAGUCUCCGAACUAGGCGCACACUUGUAUGUACGUUGUGUGUGAGAAUGUUUGUGAGUACACAUUAUGAGUCAAACAAACAAGGGCCAAGGAACAGCUCAGUGCUCUGUUGCUCUAUUCAUCCACACAGGACACCGACUCUGCCUAUGGGCGGCACAAAGGUCUAAUGAGACUCUGACCAACUCCACCAUGCCAAUCCUUGCCCAAAUCUGACACACACACACUGACACACACACACACACACACUUUCAGCAAUACCCCAACAGAAUCAUGUAGCAGAUGACACACAACCACCCUUCCCCACCCACCUCUCCCCCAGCACUUUCUACAGAAAUGCCUCGGAUCACAUGAUCAACCCUUUGGUUCUGUUCCCCUCAACCAGUUUGUCUGUUCCGCUCCCAUCUGCAUCUAUGAUUGCAAAUCUACCUCUUACCAUUUUUUCUAUCUCUCUAUUUCCUCCUUUCUUGGUCAGUUUUUAACAAUGCUCUCCGUUCUUAUGAAAGCAGGACUUCUUAUGUUGAGGGGAAGACAAGCACAGGCUCAAGAGCAUUAGCAUUGUGGUUGUGUAACUAUUCUGUGUCAAAACCAGUGAUUGUUUUUUUCCUCAAUCUAAAUAAGCUUUCCCCCCUCCUCUCCCACAAUGACAGUAGCAUUUUAAGUAAGAUUAUUCUCUUUUUUUUGCCAUUUGAAGAUGUUAAGUAUAAGUUAGAAAGCUAAUAACCUCAUAUUACUGAAAUCAUAGCAGCGCAUGUUUCUCAUUCCUCUAUUUGAAUGGGUUUCUGUUGGCAGCUAGCAUCUGUGUCAGGAUGCAUACAACCAAAAGCUUAACUUGGCAUCUAAACCGGCGUUACUGGUACGUUACUCUCCCCGUUUGCUUUCGUCAGAAGGCAGCAUGAAUCCCACCAUUUCCUGUGCAUUCCUCCAACAUUUUAAACAUGUUCUACGCCACUACAACGGGCUCUCGAAAAGCUGAGCUAGGUGGGACAGCCAUGGAUAUUGGUGUGUAUAUCACAUGGGGACUCUUUGUGGGGCUGUGCUUGGAAAAAGAUGAGGUAUGGGACAGCUGGUGAUGAGAUGAAACGGUCAGGAAGUAGGGCGGCUGAGCCGGCAGUCAUGCGGAAGUCUAAGCCAAGAUAAGCCCUGUAAGCACAGCCCUUAAGCCCUCCUUUCCUUUUGUUUCCCUUCGUCUAUAGCACUCGCCCUCUGAUAGCAUGCCAAGCCAUCAAAGUGCAUCUUCUGCCAUGUCCUCUAUCUCCGGUGCUUUCGUUCCCCACACAGACUUCAGCCGCAGCUCAGGGAUCGAGGAUUGGCCGCUAGGGAACGUUUUUGGCCACCGUGAUACAAAGAAACCAAUUGCAUUGGGGACUGUUUCUUUUCCCUCACCUACCCCUCAUUUCCAUGUAUGGUUAUUCAAUAUUUCAAGCUCAUCAGGAAGGGAAUGCCAUCAAACUCACUCCUCUUAAUCUGUUUCUUUUGUGAGAGUUUUGCAAGGAAACAGAUUCUUAAUCUCCUUUGACUUUUCCAAUCCCAUUUAAGCUACCCCAUUUGUAUAAAGCAUAACUGUGGGAUAUCUUGCCUUAGAUUAACAGAUUCUCAACCAUGAGCAGUGAAUAUGUACUUUUGAUGCUAGAAUAUACCUUAGUAUACUAGGCGGUUGGCUUGCAUGGACCUGUGGCUUAGUUUGCAAUGCCUUUAUGUCUGGCUCCACUCAUGUCAUUAGAUGAAAAGGUCAUUCAGUACUGUAGGUCUCUGAGCUCAUGACUAGCAGCUUGACUUGUCCUUUUUAAUCUCCACUUUGACUUCCUCUCUCAGAGACGUAAAGCCUGGUCGUACUUUCUUACCUUUCUGUUUUCCUUUUAAUUUAUUUGCUGUAUUAAUUAAUCUGCCAUAGUAAAUGUAGAGAUCAUAUAUCACACGAAAGCAUUGCUGUGAUCUCUCACGUUUUCCCCCCUUCUAUCUUCAGUGAAGGUUUUGUUUUAUUGACUCUCUUUCCUUCUUUUUUUAAAAAUUCUUGAAUAAUUAUUUCAACAAUCCUGUCGGUAUAUUAAGCUACACUAAUUAGGAGACUGACUUUGCAUAGCUCUAUUUUAAGUCAAUGUGCACAUUAGCAUGACAUGUAGAAUCGAUGUAGGGUUUCUCUUGCGAGGUAAGGAUGAUACCGCACUCUGGCCAGUGUGAAAGACAUCGUAAUGGCGAAUGGGCAUCAGUAGUGCAAAACCCAGUACAGGGUAUUAUUAUUUUGAAGAAACACACCAAUGUACCACACAAGCCACCUUUGAAAGCAUUAGUUUUUCCCAGCUCAAUGUGAAUUUAUUUGGUUAUAAAGCAGUAUUGUAGUGGAUAAUAUGUGUGACUUGAUGGAGAGGAGCUAUUUGUGACCAAAUCAAAGUCUUUUCCAUCGAUACAAAAAGGAGUGCCUCAAGGCUAUAUACUAGGUCCGCGUAGAGUUCUCACAAAAGCCAUUAUAUCAUAGCAAAUUUGUACGGUUGCAAUAUGACUGCUGUUGAUGUGGUUGUGUACUCAAAACCUAGAUGAAAGAAAUAAGUACAUUUUUGUUUAAUGUGCCCCCCCCCCACAUCCCCCACCUUGCAUAGACAGUUUUUUGAUGUCCAAAUUCUGUCUGCAGCAUGAGAAGCGUAAUUUGUUGAGCUCUGUAUACAGUUUAAAAGCAAUUAGUGCAUGAUUCUAAUUAGCAAGACGUGCCAUAAGAUGCAGCAGAUAUUGGAGUGAAUGUGGGUGUUUUACAAAUGAAUACUCAAACACAAAGACAGUGCAAGGGAAGAUACUGAACAUUAAGUUUGACUUUGAAUUCCUUUUCGUUUUUUGGCCACUUCGUGCAGAUGUUUCAUAAAUUGGGAGAUUUCUCUUUAGAAUGGUUACUUUUUUGCAUCUUUUACUAAAACUGGAAAAUCUAAUCUGAUGUUAAACAAAACAUGAUGAAACUUGCCUGACCGUUUGAUGUUGUAAGCUGCUUGGUUAGAAUGGUGUCAAAGAAAAAAAAAAAACUGGGUAAUUGUACAGAGAUGAAAAACAAAUUUGUAUAAAAGACAUAUUUUUGUACUUCAUCAAAUCUCUACAUGCAUGUCAGCAAUAAAAUUUGAUAUGGAAAAUA